UCUCCUUCACCAGUCUUCCAACGCUGCUCAUUUAAACAACAACUUAAUUAAUUAAUCUAUUAGUCGAAGUGAAUAAUGAACUCUGAGUGGUAGUGAAAGUGUCAUGGAUAACUUUGAGCAACACAACGAAGUAUCAACAUCUUACAAUAACAUUAAGCAAGACUUCUACGAAUACAUCGAUGUAGAUUGUUUGGAGAAAGCUAAAGAAGUGCCUAAAGAUUACAAUGUUUAUAUGAAGAAUUACCGUUUGAAAGACGAAGGACCAGGGAAUCAAAAUUUGAACACACCGUUCUCUGUUAAAGAUAUUUUGAGUUCAAGUCAGCCCCCUAACUAUUACGAACGAAGCGAUUGGAAAAGCGACCGAAAGGGUUACGAAUACGAACAAAUGUAUCAUCAGAAUCAGUCUUACUGUCCCCCGGAUUACUUCAGCCAGGUCUAUCAGAACAUGCCUGUGCAUACCAAUGUUGAGCCGUACUGGAACCAGGACGUCUACCACGACCCUAAAAUUGAGGAUUAUUACAAUUACAAUCCGUAUUGCCCUAACUUCUAUCAUCAAAACUAUGAACAGUACCCGGAGCUUGUAGUGCCAUCUCAUCACGUGGAAAUGGAUCCGAGAAUGGAAGAAAAGCAAGUGCCGCUGGAGAAACGAAGUGAGACUGAUGGCAUGCCGCCUCUAAAGCCUAUGCCGCGAUUGCCUCAGUUUGAUAAACUGGAAACCUCGUCAAGGAACACAUCAAAACCUUCAAGUAACAGCAAAACGGAUCGAAAGGACAAGAACGUGAAGAGGAAACCACGGAUUUUAUUCUCCCAGGCUCAAGUCCACGCUCUGGAGAUCAGAUUCCGAGCUCAGAGGUACCUCACGGCUCCAGAGAGGGAGCAGCUAGCGAAGUCGCUGAGUCUGUCGCCGACGCAGGUGAAGAUAUGGUUUCAGAACAGAAGAUACAAGAGCAAGCGGAUCAAGUCGCCAGAGGUGUCAACAUCCACCGAUGCUAAGGCCCCUAGGAACCCUGGAAGAAAACUCUUCAAACCGGACGACCGAGAGGCUCUUCCAGCUCCAAACUAUCAAUUCCCUAAAAUGGAAAUCUGCAUGGAUAAUAACGAUAACCUCACUUCGGCUACUUACUUCGAUGAUAGCGUGAACUAUGACGAAACUCUCGGCGACAAAUAUUAUACCAAUAAACAGAUAGUAGACGACAAUAAUGUUCACAUGGACAAUUAUAGAUCCAAAAAUAUAUUUCCCGAUGUAAUUAAUGUCGAUACAAAGAAUAUGUACAGUAACGAGGAAGACUGUAAAAAAUACUAUCCCGUAACUUACGGUUGUUCGUAAGUUUUUCUUUAUAUUUAAAUGUGCCAUUUUAGACUGACUACCAAAGAGUAUUAUAGAUAGAAUAUUUUGUUAUGUACUUAUUAACUUGUAACAUAAUUAUGUAUCUACAUAAGCCUGUGCAAUGUCGGAACUGACUCAACUAUCAUGCCAAGUUAUUGAGAUUAUAUUCAUUGUUUUGUAAAUAAAUAAAAAAUAUGAAUGCA